AUGACUACGGUUACAAUAAUUCAUUGUGCUUCAGAAAAGGUUUUAUUAACGCUGAAUAACGUGUCGUCUAGUACUACCAUUCGAGCAUUGAAGGAGAGGCUUGCAUCUCACGACAAAAAGUACAAGUUCAAUCGCAUUUCACUUCGAUUGGAACCUCGUGGGAAGAUCCUUUCGAAUACUUUCCGUCUCAACGAAAUCGAGGGAGCAGAUAAGGUUUCAGAGGUGCGUCUCUUUUACAAGGAUCUUGGGCCCCAGGUGGGAUGGAGCACUGUCUUUUAUCUAGAGUAUGCGGGUCCUCUGGUGAUCUACUCAGUAGUCUGGGCGAUGCGUCAGCCUGGUUGCCUACUUAACGUCCUCUCGCCUAUGCGGACCGAUGGGGGACUGCGAUGCCUUGCGGGCAUCUGCUACGUGGGCCACUUUGCUAAGCGCCUGUUGGAGACGCGCUUCGUGCAUCGCUUCUCUCACGCCACUAUGCCGCUAGCCAGCCUCAUCCGUAACUGCGCCUACUAUUGGCUCUUCGCUUUCUCCAUCUCCUACUUUACUACCCACCCACUCUACACACCACCCUCCUUUGGCUGGCCCCAAGUCUACACUGGUUUGGGCCUAUUCCUGCUCGGUGAGGCGGGCAACUUCUGCUGCCACAUCGCACUGCGCAAUCUGAGGCCGGCAGGAUCUACACUGCGUCAGAUGCCGCGUCCCGUACCCAACUCUCCGCUCACCUUCCUCUUCAACUACGUUGCCUGCCCCAAUUACACCUACGAGACGCUCAGCUGGAUCGGCUUCACUGUGAUGACCCAAACCCUCCCAGCUGCAGCGUUUACGGUGCUGGGUUUCUGGACGAUGGCACAAUGGGCACGAAAUAAAUUGCGUGCGUAUCGCAGCGAGUUCGCCUCCUGUCCGAAGGAGCUGAAGGCGAUUGUGCCACUCAUCUACUAG